CUUUCUUUUUUUUUUUUUCAUUCUUCGACGCCCUAGACAAAGCGAAGAGCAGAGCUAGACGCGCCGACGGCAAUGGCUGGCUCCAAGAAGGUCCUCGAGCCCGAGGUGAUCCCGCCGUACUAUGUCCGGCGGCUCUUGCGCAGCUUGCUGUCGCCCGCAAUCCUCGAGAUGCUGCCGUCGCUCGUCAUCGACAGCAUCCCCAGCUGGCUCAAGUACCUUGUCGCCGUCCUGCUUCUGGCCAACAUCAAGAGCUUCCCCCUCGUGUGGCAUGUCCGCGUCUUUGCCCCCGCCAUCUGGGCCCGCGCCGUCGCUCGGCCCUCGAUCCACCCGCUGAUCCCCUUUAUCCGCUCCAACAAGCACCCGACGACGACGCCCGGGGUGCCGCCGAAGCUGCGGCUGGACGCGCUGCCCCUCGGCCGCGACAUCUUUCUCGACAAGACCGUCGUCUCGAUCCGCGCCUCGUUUGACGACUGCGACUUCAACGGCCACCUGUCCAACUCGAGCUACGCCAAGAACCUCGAUUUCGCCCGGAUGCAGCACCUCUCGGGCCGCUUCCUGCGCAUGCACUUUGACGGCGCCCGCAUGGCCCUCGGCGGCUCGGCCUUUACCUACCACGCCGAGAUCCCGGCGCUGUCCAAGUACGAAAUCGAGAUGAGCGUGGGUGCCUGGGACGACAAGUGGCUCUACGUCGUCGCCCGCUUCAUGAGCCCCAGUGCGCGGUCUAGCGGUGCUGGUCCCGGCGGCGUGAAGCGGAGCAAGAGCGCGCAGAACCUGCGCGAGCUCAUGAAGGACGUCGUCAAGCCGAGCCACGAGGCCGAGGAGGCCCGCAAGGCCAAGCGUGCUAAAGAGUCAGUCACGGGCACCGACGUCGAGGACGGCGGCAGCAACGGCGCGCCGUCGCAGCAGGCACGCGCCGUCGACCGGCGCAAGCUGUACUGCACCAGCAUCAGCCGGUACUGCUUCAAGUCGGGCCGCAAGACGAUCCCGCCGUGGUUCAUCAUUGCCACGUCGGGCUACGGCACCUUUGCCUCGACGCGCGCAAACUGGGACAAGGCCGAGGCGCUGCGCCGCUCCGUCUUUAGCCGCGCGAGCAAGCGGCACAUCCAGCAGACGGGCCGGCCGCUCCCGCGCGACAAUGUCAUCCUCGGCGGCGGCGUGCGCAGCGCUGGUAUUCUCGCCGCCUACGAUCCCUCGCGCAAGCCGGGCCAGCAGCAGCAGGAGGAGGAACAACAAGGGACCGAGGAGCACGAGCAGGAGCAGGAGGGCCUCGGCAGCUGGCAGGAUCCAAAGAGCUGGAGCAUGGCCGAGUGGGAAGAGAGACGGCUCGCUGGCCUCGAGGCGCUCCGGGAGCUGGGCGGCGUCGCGAGCGCGCACCCGCAGCGGGGCGCCGACAUCAUCGCCAACAAGGUGCAGGGCAGCAAUAGUGCCGCGCCCACCAGCUGAUCUCACUCCAUCAGUCACUCAAAAUAGAUAGAUGCGCAUGUAGCCUUCUUCUUCUGGUCAUCUGUCUCUUCUGUUUUUCCUUCUUUCCUUUUUUUGUGAGAAAAUAAUACAGGGCCCUCUGGAUAAUGGCAAACUCU